AUGCCAAACACCUGUGAGGAAAUCUCUUCGAACUCGGAGGAGGAGGAGGAGGAAGGUAAAAGAGUGCCACCGCGGGCCGAAGCUAAUGAGGCGACCGAUGCUAAUGAAGCUGCAGGUUCUAAUGUGGUUUCGGACAAACUGAGAGUGGAGAUGAAGCGGCGUUUUUCUACAGAAACAAACAACGUGAUGAAAGGUGUACAGGCGCUCUCCCCAAAACAUACAGGUUUUCUGGACAAGCAACUACUUCUGCCCAUGGCCCAGCAUUAUGGAGUGCGAGAGGAAAACCUGUCUGCGGAACUACAUCAAGUCAAAAUGGACAUCAAACUGCUCUGGUUUUGGGCUGCAGUUCAGUGUCUUUCUGCUGUCAAUGCUGCUGAAAGUCAAGAUUGCCUCCCUCCCGAUAUCCCAAAUGGUUUCUUUGUGACGGAGCAGAACGCUUUCUCUGACCACACUCAGCUGUACUAUGGCUGUGACCUCGGUUUUAAGCCAGUGGAGGGAGAUUGGUGGGGAACCGUUGUUUGUCAAAAUGGAAACUGGACGUCAGUACCCCUGUGUAUUAGUGAAUCAUCAUGCUUUGAUCCAGAAAUUGCCAACGCAAACUAUACCAAAUUCCCAUUCGUGAAAGACGGUUUUAAAGGCCGAAUAAAAUGUAACUAUGGAUAUGAGGACAAGAAAAAAAAUGCUGUUGCCCUUUGUCAAAAUGGAGCGUGGACAAAGAUACCAGUGUGUGAAAAGAUAGAAAGUUGGUGUGAGCUACCAACACAAAUUCCAAACGGUGUCGUAAUAAACCAGGUGCAGGACAUGUUUGCUGAAGAAGAACAAGUGGAGUAUGCUUGUCAGAGAGGAUACGAGCUGGAGACGUCUAACAACAAGGCCACCUGCAGUUACGGCCAGUGGAUUUCACUUCCCUCAUGCAGAAAAAAGCAGAACGCCGGGACUCCAGGCGACAAUCAUGGGCCUUUAUUUGUCCCAAUUGAAGAGUGUCCCCCACCACCCACCGUCCAAAAUGCAGAAUAUUAUGCUGAUGAAAGUGGAAUGUUUUUAACAUAUCGAUGUAGUUAUUGGUACAAACUAAACGGAAGCAGUAUAGUGAGAUGUAUGAAUGGCCAGUGGACCCACAAACCCACAUGUGACGUCAACUUCUGUAAGCUGGAAACAAACAAAUAUCCUUAUCUUGAGAAUAUCGGGGAGAAAUUUGUUUUAUCUGGAACACAAGAGGACUUGAAAUGUGUCAAUAAGUCUUGGAGAUAUUCACGUGUGGUGUGCAAAGACAACAAACUGUUUUUGUCUGAAUGCUGUUAUUCAGCUACACAUUAUUGGAAUAAAUGUCAAUAUAACCAAUUGAUCUAG